AUGCAAGGCAUUUCUAAACAUAACGUGAAUGUGAACUCCGAAAUCAAGUUGUUUGGUAGCUCCAUAUCUGGUAUUCAUACAAGACAAGAGGUCGCACGUUCUCUCCUUGAACACAUCUGCAAUCUUGACAUUGAUCGUGAGCCCUAUGCCAUCCGCAACACCAGCAUCAUCUGCACUAUCGGACCGGCAUGCCGUAGUGUGGAGACUCUGCAAAAAAUGAUGACUGCGGGUAUGAAUAUUGCCCGCCUGAACUUCUCCCACGGCACUCACGAGUACCAUCUAGAGACCAUUAGACUGGUCCGUCAGGCUGUGGAAACUUUCAGGCCCUUUUUCCGUCCCGUAGCAAUCGCUCUCGACACUAAGGGACCUGAAAUUCGUACUGGUCUCAUCGACGGAUGCGGUACUCGUGAGGUGACUUUGGAGUUCGGCGAAAAGAUUCGCUUGACGCCUAACAAGGAGUUUGAGAAUAAGUGCAGCAAGAAUGUGGUCUACGUCGACUACGAUCGCAUUGUUCACGUCCUUCAUGAGGGUUCCAAGGUCUUCAUCGACGACGGUCUCAUCUGCCUCGUGGUACAAAAUAAGGGUCCCGACUACCUGGACUGCGUCAUUGAGAACGGCGGCAAGUUGGGCUCUCGCAAAGGCGUCAAUCUGCCCGGUGCACCUGUUGAUCUACCCUCAAUGUCAGAAAAAGACAAGGAGGACCUGCAAUUUGCCGUCGACAAUAAUUUGGACAUCAUCUUCGCCUCCUUUAUUCGCAACCGAACCGGAGUGCAGGAAAUUCGUGAAUUCCUUGGCGAGAAGGGCUCUCACAUCAAAAUUAUCGCUAAGAUUGAAAACCACCAGGGUGUUAAAAAGUAG